GUUCUAUGGAAGCAGCACACACUUUAUACACACACACACACAGGAACACACACACACACACACACGGCAGAAGCAGUGGGAAGUUGGCAGCCACAGCUCUCCUUUCCAGUCUCCCUGGUGAUCGUUGAAAGCGGCAGCAACUUGUCCCAUGCAGGAGCCCACCAGCCCAUGUCACAUGACUUCAGACCAGAAUCCACUCUGCCCGGACAAUUUACAGGUGCCUUUCACGCUGGAGGCGCUGGACCCCGGGUACUACUACUACUACGAGCUGGCAGAACCUCUGCCUGACCUGCUGACCCCGUCCAGCAUCAACGGGAGCGGUGAGGACCCUCAGACAUCCUCAUCAGACAGCCCUAUCAGGCCUGGAUAUUCGGCAGGCCAGCCUACACCCACAGAUGCAAAGAAUGUAAAUCCACUAGAUGAAUCCACUGAUGACAUGCUGAAGCUGAUGGCGUCGCACAGGAGUGAAAGCACAUGUGUGGAGGAGAGGAAUGAAUGUGUGGAAGGUGAGAGAGUGAAGGUGUUGAAGGAGACAGAGAGUGUGGAGGAGGAGGUAGCAGUAAAGGAGGAUUGCGUGUGUGAGGAGGAGCAAAAGUUGGACUUGGGGGACCAGAGCAUGGCAGCAGCAGAGAGAGUCUUCAGUUCUACAGAGGAAACGCUGGUUGGCUGCCAGGAAGAAGAAAUGGAUCAGCGGACUGAUGGAGUUGAUUCUGACUCCAACCCCCUGGACUGUCUGCGUGAGUUUGGACACACAGAGCAGCACAUCCAGGGUGCACAGCCAGGCACUGAAGCUGAAUUAUACACCUCCAGCCAGAGUUCUGCAUCUCCAAAUAUUGACCUUAGCCUUAGCAUGCUGCAGGAAGAAAAGCCUGAAGAAAAGGUGAAGAUGGAGAAAGUCCUCCUGCAGAACGAGGCUGUCCCUGUCAGUGUCUGUGAAAGCCAAGUCAAGGUGGAUGAGGUUGGACUCAGCAGCACAGCAGAUAUGACUCUGACUGAGGUGUCAUCACUCUCCACCACCUCAGUCGUGAUAUCACAGCCGGUUGAGCUGACUGCCCUCUCCUGUCAUGAAAAUCUGAUACCUAACAUACCUAAAAUCACAUGUCAGCACUGUGAUUCCACCACAUGUGAUGGGUUAGACUUGAAUUCCAACGAUCCUGCAUUUGACAUGAGCAGUAUUAAGCCUCCAAGCCAAGAAAUAGAAACUCCAUGUGUCGGAUCUGAUAAAAGUGUCGCCACAUUCGGUGAUUGUGACAAACAACCUGAUAAUGCUAAUGUGAAACCUGACCAAAGUGAGGAGGUGCCUAUUGAAAAUGUCCCGUUUGUUGAGGAUGAGCUCCUCGGGGGAGGGGACAACAGCCUAACUCAUAGAGAGACACUCAAAGAACCAGAACUAGAAACUUGUAGUGUCAAGCGUCAUAUGAGAGUUGAUGUAUGUGCUGAGUCACCUGAAACAGGCCACCUCAUCUCUCACAUCAGCAGAGAGACAAGUGCCUGCAAUGAAAAACAUGAAUUAUGUUCUGAGCUCAAUGAGGACUGUGCAGUUGGCAGUCUGGACAUCCUGCUUCAGGGCCCUGAGCACCUUGAGAGCAAUAUGGAGGUUUCAAGUCACAGUCUCUUAAUCCAGCCUCACUGUGCUGAAGAUAAGGUCCCAGUGGCCUUUUCAUCACCUUCACUUCCCCUUUCCUCCUCCAUUUGCACAGCUAUCGAGGGUGCUGGUGAUGGCUGUUUGACUUCAGAGACUGGAGCUGAACAUAUUCAGAAUGGAUGCAGCCAAAUGCAAAUGACUGUAAGACCAUCAGAGAAAGCAUUAGAUGAGUUUCAGGAAGCAGAAGAGUCAACAGUUGCCCAGGAGACUCAGUUUGACCCUGCCUUCUCUAUGACAGAGCUUUGUCAUCAGCAUGAAUUUGAACAUGCUGUCGAACACACACACCACCCUCACCCAGCCUUCGAACUCCAAGAUUUAUCUGCCUCCUGUCACAGCUCGGACUCCCUGAAGCCUAACCUUGACCUCAGCCUGCAGCAUUAUGCUGUUGAAUAUCCUCAGCCGGAAGAUCCAUCAGAUGGAAUCCAUUUGGAGGAAAGUGACGAGAUGAAAAGGCACAUGUUACUUGAGGAAUGCCCCAAGACAAAUUACGUUAAUCUUUCAGAAACUCUCAAUGAUUUGAGUGUUGAGAUGCCACCUGAAAUUGGUGAGGUCCAGGGCGAUGCCAGUAUAUGUGACACAAAUAUGACACCUAUUGCCUUUGGUAGCCACGAUGAGGGAACCUCAGCUGUUGAAGAGGAGGGCCGGCCUGUGGUGGUAGUGGACCCGGGUCAGAUUGACGUUCAUGCUUCCACACCUUCCUAUGAGAUUCACUUGCAGGGUCAGGAGCCAUCAGCAGUAGCUGUGGAGGAGGGAGAGAGGGAAGGGGGGAUGAGGGAGAUGGUGUCUGAGCUGCUGGGAGAGGAUGCUGACUCAUCCCUCUGCUGCCUCUAUCCCAACCCCUGGAUAAAGCUGGGCCUGGACGUGGGACCAGGGGUCUGGGCCCAGGGGGCACCUGAGGCUGAACCCUUCCAGGAUAUGUGUGAAGCGGACAGCAGUGAAGAGCAGAUCCCCGCGUCUGUCUCAGAGCUCCAGCCCUCCAUGGCUCUCCUGGGAGCGUACCCAUACAGCACUCUGACACCUCAGGGAUCCUGUGUAUGGGAGUGGCACACCGAAUACACUCAGUCUGAAUCUCCUACAGUCCCUGGCCUUAACCCUAAUGCUGAUGUAUGGACCAAUCACACCUUUAAUGUGGAUGACCCCAGCACUGCCUACCCUCAGGCCUACCAGUCAUGGCUGGACGUCCCCAGUGAACUAACCAAUCAUGAAGAUUAUAUUCCGGAGUAUCAGCUUGAGAACACUGGACAGUCUGAGACUGACUCUGGCAUGCUGGAGUACCAGGUGCUGGCUGUGGAAGCUCCAGUGAUGAAUGGACAGCCUGAGGACCCUCCACUCACAGAUGAGAUCAAACAGCAGCUGAGAACCAUACUGGAGUCCUGCCUGGUCCGGGAGAACCUGGCCAAUGACCUCUACCUGCUCUCUCAGAUGGACAGUGACCAGUACCUUCCCAUAACCACACUGGCCAGCCUCGAUCACAUCAAGAAGCUUAGCACAGACCUAGAUCUCAUCUCCGACAUUCUGAAAUCCCUGCCACUGGUCCAGGUGGCUCCGUGUGGUCAGAAGGUCCGGCCCAGACAGAGUCGAUGUGUCGUCAUCCUGCGUGAGAUCCCUGCCACCACGCCUCCUGAGGAGGUGCAGGCUCUCUUUGAUGGGGAGAACUUGCCCAAGGUCCUGAGCUGUGAGUUUGUGAGAAAUGAUAACUGGUUCAUCACCUUCCAGUCUGAAGCCGACGCACAACAGGCGUAUGAGUACCUGCGAGAAACAGUGCGGGUGUUCAAGGGGAAGCCGAUCAUGGCGAGGAUAAAGGCCAAAACCAUGGCUGUCACCUCCUACGCCCCCAAAAAUGGCUAUAAGCCCCACCAGCUGGACCCCUGUGGCAACCAGUUCAGCCAGUACUAUGCCCCGCCCACCUACCAGCAGCAUGGCCCCGCCCAGAUGCCAGCGCCACAGCUGUAUGAUGUCACCAAUCAGGCCUGGGCCACAGCCAUGACAGGAUACUCAGAAUCCAAUAUGUGUUUUUGUCAUCAGAUAACACCACUGCUGAAUGAUUUCAUAAACGGGUUCCCAGCAGCUCCCGGCUUCAAGCACCACAACACACACAGGUCAAGUCGAGGCUGGAGACGGCGGGGCUCGGGAGAGCGGGGACCGGUCCACUCGAAUGACCCCAUCCAGCCACCAGACGGUGGACCGGCGGGACACAGCUCUGCUCCGCCGAGGCAGGGCAGGCAGCGGCUGAGGGACAGCGCCCGUCGAGAGGGCAGAGGGGGCAGGACGGAGCCCAGCAGGCAGGACUUCUCCACAAACUCUGACAGGGGAAGGAGAGGCAACUUUGGCCACAGGAGGAGAGACGACAGGCGGUGGGGAGAGAAACCUGCUGCAAACAGCCACAAAGCACCAGUUCAGUCUCCUCCUUGCCGACCUUCUUCUCCGAGUAUUGAGCUUGGGCUGACUAGCUUCCCCCCGCUUCCCCGGGCAAGUGCUGCCAUAGCAACGGCACCUGCAGCAAACAGCAGCAACAAGGAUCCAGUCAAACACAGCAGUCCCUGCAGGCCAGAGCCGGUGAUGUCACAGGACCCUCAGCCAAUCACAGCGUGGCCUCAGAAAACAGACUGUGACAUCUCAGCCGAGGCCGUGGAGCAAAAUGUGAAGCAGAAUGGGGAGACGAACGGUGUGGCCAAAGCAGCUCAGCUCACACAGCAGAACGGACCAGUCACGGAGUCCAAGAAGCCGAGCUACGCUGAGAUCUGCCAGAGGACGCAGGCCAAUGAGACGCUGCCGCCGCCCGCUGAUCCCGCCCUCUCGGGGGAAGAGCCCGUCCCGACCUAUCCGGCGCAGGCGUCCGGUGAAGCGUCCGGCCCAGCCCUGUUGCCGCGGUGACCGUGCGGGAGGGAGUACAACCCCCACCACCACCGCUGUUCCUCUUCCACCCUCGUGCCACCGUGCGCCUCAGGUUGGGCUUCUCUGGAGCGGCGCUCGGUGCAGGGAGGGUGAAGGAGCUGGGAUUAACACCGCAGGAGGCUCUGGGGUGGUGCCACCCCGCUGGUGUUGUGGCGCACACAAGUCUGGAAGGAAUUUGGUACAGUCCAGGCUCUGAAAAGUUUGGAACUUGGGCAAAAAGGUUUUUAAAACUCUGGAAAUAUGUUGUGGCUAAUAGGCAAAUGGGCUGCACAUUUUCUAUGGGCUGAGACCUGCGUCGUGUCACAGCACUCUCAUGUUUGUUGCUAUGAAGAAUAAUCUUUAUCCACAGAGUGAUGUGCUACAGUCUGACUAUCAUACUAAAUCAUCCUGAAUGCCAAGCAUAAUCGAAUCAGUUUAUUUAGGCCUGGAUAACAUAUGUAAUUUUGAAAAUGCAAUAUACAGCUGACUUUUACUGAUGUGACUGCUGGUUGGUUGUGGACUGCAGGG